AUGAGUCUUCAACUGUGCUGCGACGGAGUUAAAUCACAAGGGCUAUGGGGAUUCUUGCAAUACAAGGGAUUUUUAGAAAUCAAGCAGCAGGAGAAUAUCGUCAUCGAUAAUAUGGGAAGGAUGAUUCUAGACUUAGUUGAAAUCCUGCUAAGCCUCGGAGAAUGCGCUGGUCUCUAUACGGGCGUUUUAGAGUGCUUAAAUUUCCCUAUGCAGCAGUGCCCUGAUGUGCUUACUUUCACCUUGCUGCAAGUCACGGUACCUUUGUCGACAUUGCGACAAGAUCUGCUGCUGUCACUUAUGCCGAUAUUUUUUGGUAGCCACGUGAACUCGUUGGUAGUCUUGAGUUAUGCUUGGAACAGCGUCGUAUGUUACCUAUCUGUUCCGCAACAUUUGUUUUCAAUCGAUCUGGCUUGUUUGGCGUCGCGAAGGGACUAUCUGAAGUUGGACAAGUGGAUGAACGAUAAGAUCGUCGAAAACGGAGUAGGUUUUGGCUUCGACUCGGGAAUGGGAAAACUGCCAAUGGUAAACUCGAUUGGCAGUGGUUUGAUCAACUCUGCUGUUUCGCAACAGUUUCCAAAUGCUGCAUUCGCUUCUGCUCCUUUGCCUUCCUUAUCUCCAACACGCCACUGUCAGCCGCUGAUCGGUGGCGUUCCAUCUGACGGUCCAGGUUUAUUGAAAGCUGUUCCCCCUCCUACCGGAUGGGGCGCUGGCUUCGCGAUGAGUGGGAAUAUGAAUAGUGUCAGUCCGGUUAUAAAGCAAGGAAUGGCAUCGCAGCCUGUCGUCAAUACUCCCUUCUCCGAUGCAACUAUGCCGGACAUAUCGCAGGUCUUCUGCGAAGAAGUUCAGAACGAAGCGAAUUCAUACUUUCAGCAGAUCUAUACGCAACCUCCACAGCCGUCUAUGUCCAUAGAACAGUUUCUUGAAAUACUCAAGCGCUUUCGCGAUUCGCCCGUCAAGAAAGAAAGGGUAUCGCUUCUUUAG